CAUAAAUUGUCAGAUUUAUAAUAAAAUUUAGUGAUACUAACGGGAUUAUUUUACCAGAUUAUUCAGCUAGUAUAUUUUCAAUUGCAUGAUUAAUUUAUUAUCAAUUACAACAUUAAUGUCCUAAACAGUGAAUUUAAAAGAAAUAAAAUAAUGUCUGGUUCACAUACGCCUUAUAAAAUUAUACGUAAUAGCAUCUAUACAGUUGUAAAUAAAGACGAAGAAAUUUAUAGUAAAAUUGAGAUGGAUUCACAACAAAGUCACAUUUUUAACUUACAACUAAUUGAAUUAGUUAAAAAGAAUCCACUUUUGUAUGAUCAUUCUCAUCCUGGACAUAAAAAUAAAAUUGCAAAAGAACAAUGUUGGGUGAAGAUUAGUGAACAAUUAAAUUUUGAUGUUGAUUCUGUUAAAAAACGAUAUCGAAAUUUAAGAGAUAGAUUUGUGAGAGAAAGGCGAUUAGGAACUAAAGGAUGGAGAUUAUAUAAUCAAUUAGAAUUUUUUUCGGAUUAUUUACCUGAACCGCGAAGAUACUCUGGUGCGAUAAAAGAAGAAUCAAAGAACACCACACAUAAUGAUACAACAAAUUCGGAUGACGAUUUAAGUGAUCCUUUAUUUGUAUUUACAGAUGAUAGUUCGCAAAUCAUAACGAUAUCUAACUCCUUACCAGAACAUACAAUUCCGGAACCAUGGAAUGCUAGGAAAUUAUUUGUUGCACCUACGAACGAAGAUAAUUCUGAUGCGGAAAAUCAGCAAUCUAAGACAAAGAAAAGAAAAUAUGACAUAGAAGAAUUUGAGAAUAGUAAAAGUUCAUUUUCGUCAAUUAUGAAAAAUACGAGUCAAACCGAGGAGGAAAAUUACAAUGACGAUGAAAAUCUUCAAGAUCUUGUGGAAUACGAAGAAGAACAUUUAGAGGAAGACUGCGAUGAUAAUAUCAAACAAAUAUACAAAGACGAUGAAGAUAUAUUAUUUUUACUAUCAUUAGCACCAGCAUUAAAACGAAUGACUCGACCUAACAGAAAUCGGGUGAAAAUCAAAUUGCUUGAAAUUAUUUCAGAACAUGAUGUGUAAAUAAUAAAUUUUUUGCUUGAAAUUAUGUCAAAACAUGAUGUGUAAAUAAUAAAUUUUUUUUCACUUUGUUAACUA